AUGUUAACCAAGGAAAAGAGAAAGAAAAGGAAAGAAGUGUUCAAUGAUAACAAAAUUAGUCGUCUGUCACCACUCUAUGCCAACCUGAAGCCAAACGGAAUUCCAUCGACUGAAAUCAAGGUCAACAACAUACUGGAAUGUGCUAGAUUCUGCUAUAGUGACGUGGCAUGUAAAGGAUACUUAUACAACGACGACGACGGCCUAUGUUCUGUGUACAACAUCAGUUUUUAUUCUUAUUCAUUUGUACAGCAAGUGGGACUGCUGGCAUACGAAAUCGCCCCUGGCGUCCAGUCAGACUGCUAUGACGUCAUGAUGAACGGCGAGACCAAUGGCGUGUAUCAGAUUGUCCCACGUGACAACGGCGCUCCAAUCAACGUUUAUUGUGAAAUGACGUUAGACGACGGUGGUUGGUUGAUUAUUCAGCGACGGACAGACGGAUCGGAAGAUUUCUACAGAACUUGGAAUGAAUACAGAGACGGAUUUGGAGAUUUGAAUAACGAGUUCUGGUUAGGAAACGCAAUUAUUCACAGACUUACUAGCCUGGGUGUCUUUGAUUUGAGGGUUGACUUGGAAGACUUUGAAGGGAACCGUGUGUACGCACAUUACACCAACUUCUCGCUGGCUUCAGAACAGGACUAUUUUCGGCUAACACUAGGAACGUACAGUGGGGAUGCUGGAGAUUCCCUAUCAGGGCACGUUGGAUACAACUUCACGACAAAAGACUCAGACCAUGACAUCUGGAAUGCUAACUGUGCACAGAAGUUUAGAGGAGCAUGGUGGUACACGAACUGUCACUCGUCGAACCUAAAUGGCGCGUACCUGAGAGGAAACCAGUCCACAUACGCGGACGGAGUAAACUGGAAGACCUUCUCUGGAUACUAUUACUCUCUCAAAUACUCAGCGAUGAAGAUAAGACCAUCUCCACUCAUUUACUAACUAGUCCAAGCUAUAAAAAAAACCUCCUUUUGUUUUGGUCAGGUAUACCAUGACACGAAAAUCUACAGGUUUCUAUGCAUUUUUCAAUAGAGUCUAAACGAUAAAAGCGUUAUCCGUGAUCAAGGCCCCACCUCUACCCUGUUUUGGGGGUGGUACUAUUAACUUGACUUUAUGAAAUUCCUCUUUACAAGCUUUUGGUGGAGCUGCUGUGAACUGUGUUUGUUGUUUUUGUAUUAACAGUUGUUGAAGAAGACUCAUUAUCUAUUUUAAUGCUAUUAAAGGGACAUUUAUUUCCUAAAAUGUAAUUUUUUCGUACGUACGAAAUUAUUUGAAAACAUAAUCCAGUUUGGGCUCUUUACAAAUAUUAAG